CUUCCCACCUUCGCAGUUGACACGGCUAUCAUUCAUGACAUACCGCUUUCACCGGAAGUCCUCGUAGAUCGAAUAUCGACUCGAUUCCUUGACCCGACCGCUCUUGCACGUUCAUUUUCUGUGGAGGCCGAACUCGCAACUCCUUGCCGAGCCCGACGACGACCAACCACCCUCCACCUUCGUUGAAGUCGCUGCGAGGCAUAUCGCGCCUAUCCCCUUCGGCGCCCCCCGACCCUCAUCCUAUAUCAGUUCCUUUCUCCAAUCAUGUCCAAGGUAGUGAGGAGCGUCAAAAACGUGACAAAGGGCUACUCCGCCGUCGAGGUCAAGGUCCGCAAUGCCACCAGUAACGAUCCAUGGGGUCCUGUGGGCUCCGACAUGGCAGAGAUCGCCCAACUCACAUUCAAUAACUCGACCGACUUCUACCAGAUUAUGGAUAUGCUAGACAAGCGGCUCAAUGACAAGGGGAAGAAUUGGCGCCAUGUGCUCAAGUCACUGAAAGUGUUGGACUACUGCUUACACGAGGGGUCUGAGCUGGUGGUGACCUGGGCCCGCAAGAAUAUAUAUAUCAUCAAGACGCUGCGCGAGUUUCAAUACAUUGAUGAGGAUGGCCGCGAUGUCGGACAGAAUGUUCGCAUCUCCGCCAAGGAGCUCACGUCACUGAUCAUGGACGAAGAACGCCUACGCGCAGAGAGAGCCGAUCGCAAAUCAUGGAAGUCUCGUGUGACGGGAAUUGAAGAGUAUGGCGCCGGUCAUGGCGGGCAUCGUGCAGGAAGUUCGGAGCCGCCAAGGCGGCAUCGUGAACAGCGCCAUCGCCAACGAGAGGCAGAUGAAGAUCUGGAGCUCCGGCUAGCGCUAGAGGCGAGUAAGAAUGAGGCAGAAGAGGAGAAGAAACGGAGGGAACGACAGCAGGCUGCCGCCGAGGAUGAUGACGAUCUAGCCAAAGCCAUCAAGCUGAGCAAAGAGGAGGAAGAGCUUCGCCGAAGGGAACUCGAGCAAAGCAAUGCGGAUCUCCUUUUUGGAGAUGCCCCUUCUCAACCGGCCGCCUACCAGCCCACCGGAAACAACCAGGGCUACCAGCAGCAAGGUGCAGUCGAUUGGUUUGGUAACUUGGUCGAUCAGAGUCAGCAGCAGCAGCAGCAGCAGCAGCAGCCCCAGAACACCGGGUUCCUCAACAGCGCAUAUUCACAGCCAACGGGUCAGCAGCCCGGGUUUCAGAACGGCUUUGGCGCAUACGGAGGCUUCCAACAGCAACCCCAGCCGACAGGAUACGACCAAUUUGGAGGGCAGCAAGCAUUCCUUCAGCCGCAGCAGACAGCAUUCAACGCAAACAACCCGUACGGGCAGCAGCUCAACACCUUUGACGCCUUUGGCCAGCAGCAGAUGCAGCAACAGCCACUCCAGGAACAGAGCACGCUGCAGCCGGGAAGCCACAAUCCCUGGGCCGCCAACAAACCCCAAGAAUCCCUCAUGCCCCAGCCCACCGGCUCCAACAACCCCUUCGCCUCUUCGUUCAACCGACCCCAGACCGCCCAGCCCAACCGCCAACCGACCCUCAACACCCUUCACGAGCAAAAGACGCAGACGCAAUUCAGCACCACAUCGUUCAGCCAGCCCUUCUCCUUCUCCUCGCAGCAACAACCGUCCUUCCAAUCCCAGCAACAGCAACAGCAACCGCAGCCGCAGAAGGAGACGGAUCCCCACGCCGCCCGCCUCAACGCCCUCCUCUCCACCGGCGAAGGCCAGGACACGUUCGGCAACGUCGGCAACCUGCGCAUCCCCGCUCAGCAUACGGCGCCGGGCACGUUUGUCAAUUCGGCUGGCGCGGGCGUGAGUCGGCUGACUGCGAAUGCGACGGGGAAUAACCCCUUUUUGAAUAGUCAAUUCACGGGUCUGCCGCCGCAGAAUCGGUUGGUGCCGGCGCAGACGGGACCGGCGGGGGGAUUCGGGACGAAUCCGUAUGGUGGGGGGAGUAAUCCGUUUGGGGCGGGGAGGCAGGCGGGUGGGCAGCAGGGUGGAGGGAAUUUGAUUGAUUUAUGAGUGGGCGGGAUGGUGUUUGAGAGGAAAGUGUGAUGGUUUUGGUGUGUGUUUGAGAAUGAGGCUGGGAAGUGUGAAAGGGGACAUGGGUGUGUCUUGUGCAUCAUCUUAUUUUCAGACCGGAGACGAAAGAGGGGACAGGCAGGAAGGAGGAAAGAAAGGCUUGGAAGCGAGUGAGCGUAGCCAGAGCCAGGGACAGAGUCAGAGCCACCAAGCUGGCAGCAUAUUUUCUUUUGUUUGAUAUUUGACUACCUUUUUCUUUCUUUCUCUUCUCUUGGGGAUUCCACUUCCACAUAUUCGUAGUUGAUGGAUUAGAGUGCUACGUGUGAGCGUGAGUGUAGCAAUUUCAAUUUGCAAAAAGUCAAUUCCUCGCGGUGUAUGUGAAUGAUGUGAUUACUCUUUGAGAUGGGUUCGGCAUAGUUAUAUGUUGUAGUGUUUUGAGGAGUAGGUAGACAUUUCACGGCUUCUUUUUCUCGG